GGCCGCUCAGGUCCAUUAUGUAAAUUCUUCAAUUCUGAUUGCAUGAAUUUAAUAGCGCACUAACAUGAUUGGUAGAUACACAUAUCCGUCGGGCUAUUUCGCUUAUCUCCACGGAAACGGGUAUCUCAACCGACAAUCAUAUACCCGGUAUCACCAAUCCUCUGACUGAUGACCAACUCUGAAGCCUUGCCUAUCAGCGCUGAAAUAUUCGUGCAUGACAGUUUCAUGCUGGUCUCAACUUCGGAACCAAUGUAGUUAACCUUUUCUGGAAUAGAUCGAUAUGACAAGUGAUAAUUACAGCCUUGAUACGUGGUUGAUAACGGAAAGGCUCCGCUUUAUACAGGAUACGGGUCCUGGAGUAUUGUAAACUCCGUGAUCUUUCUAGAGUAUCUUGUUCAAAGUUUGUAUAACAUUACAAACUUUGCCUUUUGUAAUACAAAGUUUGUCUCUGAUAUUCUACUACUGUCCUCAACGACACUGACUUUCGACGAGAAUUGUGAAAGCUUUUUUUUUUCUAACAAUGGAUUUUGAAAGCGGCUUCAAAAAGGAGGAUAUGAUGAUGAAGGAGUUUCAGCCUUCGUCGACAGGAGCAGAUGAGGAAAAAGAAGAUAUUCUAGUAGUUGGACAAGUAGAAGAGUUACGCAAAGACUUCUCUGUCUGGUCACUUGGCUCCUUAUGUCUCUGCUUGAUGACAACAUGGGAAGCAUUGUCCAGUGUUGUAGCAGCAGCAUUGGCAAAUGGCGGAGCUCCAUGUCUUUUGUACAACUAGUAAGUCAUAUCAGAUUCAUGAACCAGAGUAGAAUCACUGAUAAUCUCACAGCUGCAUUUCCUUGAUCGGAAGUUUGGCGAUAUCAUCAUCCUUAGCCGAGAUUGCGUGGCGGUAAGCAACACCUUCCACACGCGAAAUAUUGUUCAAAUCUGACGAAACGAACUAGGACAAUACCAUUUUGUCGCUGCUCUCGCUCCAAGAAACCAAAUGAAAAUUGCAUCCUGGUUCACGGGCUGAACCUCCAUCGGUGGACAAAUUGUCUUCACAGCAUCAGCCGCGUUUUCUGCAGGACUGCAAUUCUAAGGCCUUAUAACGCUCAAUAAUCCAGACAGCUAUGUGCCAACAAGAUGGCAGGGUAUGCUGUUCUACUGGUUGGUUCUUUUAUACUCUGCCACCGUGAAUAUAUGGGGAUCAAAGGUACUUCCACAUACGAAUCUAGCGUCUGGUAAUUGCCCACAGCCCACAACGAUUUAAUUCACCAGAACUGAUGAUUUUAGGUGUUCUACACAUCACCGGCCUCGUGGCAGUCAUGAUGGUACUAGGAGUUAUGGCACCCAAACAUAGUGCCCAUUUUGUCUUUGUCCAAGUUACGAAUACCAGUGGCUGGCAAGAUGGUGGGGCAUCAUGGCUCGUGGGUCUUUUGAGUGCUGUAUAUCCGCUUCCUGGGUAAGAUACAUUUUGACUCUCGCUGCGUUAUUGUGUACUAAUGAUACCACAAAGUUACGAUGCAGCCUGUCACUUAGCAGAAGAGAUGCCACGCCCUGCACGAAAUGUUCCAAUCGCCAUGGUCGGAAGUGUGGCUGUGAACGGGAUCUUGGGACUUGGAUAUUGCAUCUUGCUGCUGUGUUCUCUUGGGGACUUGGACGAAUGUAAGAAAUUUCUUCUCUCUCAUGUGACAUUCCAUUAAUGCUCCAACGAAACCAAGUUCGACGUUCAAACACCUUGAAUAAGAAAGAAUGUUGACAGUUACAACUCCAGUACUCGCAUCCCCUACUGGAUUUCCUUUCAUGCAGCUAUACCAAAACGUUACGAACAAUAAAGCCGGAGCAACGAUUUUAAUAUUAGCCGUCUGUUCUAUUGCCGUGGCGGCCAAUGCGGCUGGUUGUACAUCAACGUCACGAACGUACUGGACAUUCGCUCGCGAUUCGGCAAUUCCAUAUCCGAAGUACUUUGCACACAUAAGUCCAACAACACAAGUCCAACAACACAAGUACCUGUUCGCUCUAUUGUGGCCGUGACCAUGGUAGAAAUGCUGCUUGGUCUAAUAUACCUUGGAAACAGUACAGCAUUCAAUGCCAUCUUAUCGAUGUCCGUCCUUGGGAUGUAUGCUUCGUAUCUUGUUCUAAUUAUCUAUAUGAUAAUAUAUGGUAGAAAGAAUCUCAAAAGGAGUCAAUAUGGGCCUUUUAAAUUAGGUGGCACAUUUGGAAUUAGUAGUAAAUGUAGUAGGUGUUGUUUGGCUUUUCGUGGCGAUAGUGUUCUGCACUUUUCCCAGCGUGCAGCCUGUCACCUCACAAAACAUGAAUUAUAGCGUGGUUGUUAUGGGUGGAUGGCUGUUUUUCGGUGCGAUAUUUUACUUCGGCUUUGGGAG